AUGUCCGCCGAUGGCAGGAACAGUGCCGAAAAGACUAAGCCCGGGGCCGCUGAGAGAAAGGCAAGUUUUCUUAGAUUGACUUUAUCUGGAACAAGUAGCAAAAUAUCACCCCGUCGCGGUGUCUGGAACGAAGCAAGUAACCCUUUAUUCCUGCGAGCAAGAGAACACGGUAAUAAAACAGCUGUUAUUGAUCAAAACGGAAAAUUUUCUUACAACAGCCUCUUGCAGCUCAGCAAAGAUAUUGGCGAUAAAAUACGCCAAAGGUGUCUUUCUGAAGGAACGGAUGACUUAAAAGGCAGGCGUAUCGCGUUUUUGACUGGCCAUAAUGUGCAAUACGUAGCUACACAAUGGGCAAUAUGGCGAAAUGGCGGGGUUGCUGUUCCACUUUGCACGUCACAUCCUUUAGAUAUGCUAAAGUACUACAUUGAAGACUCAAACUCCAGCUUGCUUAUUACAAGUGAUGAAUUUAACAGCAAAGUGGACCCACUUCUACAUCAAAAAGCAAGUGUACCACACUUGAACAUAUCCAAUGAAAAUAUUCAAAACAUAACUUAUAAACCCAUUAGUGGACUUUACCAAACAAGUGUUGAAAAGGCUGAAACUUCUUGGAACGAGCGAAGUGCCAUGAUUAUUUACACUAGUGGGACCACAGGGAGACCAAAGGGAGUAUUGACAACUCAUGGGAAUAUUAGUGCUCAAAUAACAGCACUUAUUAAUGCAUGGGGGUGGACUGAUGAUGAUGUCAUCCUGCAUGUUCUUCCCCUUCACCAUGUGCACGGCAUCAUCAAUGUGCUUGCUUGUCCAUUAUGGGUUGGUGCAACAUGUGUCAUGAGACCAAGAUUUGAAGCAGAUGAGGUGUGGGAGUAUUUUACUGGAUCAAACCCUCAACUUUCUGUUUUCAUGGCAGUCCCCACAAUCUACAAUAAACUUAUAAGCAAUUACAAAAAAGCCAAGCAUUCAGAACAGAGAAAGAAAGAGAUUAUUGAAAAAUGCUCCAGCCUCAGGUUGAUGGUCAGUGGCUCUUCAGCCUUGCCUGAAGUCGAUAUGACUGUCUGGGAGGAGAUCACAGGGCAUGUUCUACUUGAACGGUAUGGCAUGACAGAGAUUGGCAUGGCAUUGUCUAAUCCUCUGAAUGGAACAAGGCUCCCGAACUGUGUUGGGAUACCACUCCCUGGUGUACAAGUGCGGAUAGUGUCAACAGACGAAAAUGGAAAUCAAAAGACUAUUGCCGAAGGAGAUGAGCAAGGCUCGCGAGUGUUAGAUGGUAGUAAGAGUGCAGAAGGAAUCCUGCACGUGCGCGGACCAUCUGUGUUCAAAGGCUAUUGGAACAGACCAGAAGCAACUAAAGAAUCGUUUACAGAGGAUGGGUGGUUUAUAACUGGAGAUACUGCACGUCUAAGUGAUGGAGUGUACCGGAUUAUUGGCCGACCUUGGGACAUAAUCAAAAGCGGUGGAUAUAAGAUAAGUGCGCUUGAGGUAGAAAGGGAACUUCGCCAGCAUCCGGACGUCAAGGACUGCGCGGUAUUGGGAAUCCCUGAUCCUGAAUGGGGUGAAAGAGUUGCAGCUAUAGUGGCCCUUAAUGACAAUUCGGCGUUAACACUUGAAGACCUUCGAGCUUGGGGAUCGGACCACAUGGUACGUUACCACAUCCCAGCAGCCCUACAUAUAGUGGAAGAGCUGCCGAGGAAUGUUAUGGGAAAAGUGAACAAGAAAGAACUGUAUAGCGCCUACUUCAAAUAACAAGAGAAACUAUAAAAUUGCUGCCACGUCGAAAGACCCCAUAUAACAAAUGAAUCUGAUUAAUUAACCAAUAAACAGGCUUUGGGUAGAGGAUGUAGACUUUAAACAGAUAAACUGUUAAAAGUUUUAUUAUCUAGAUUCAAGAUAAAGAUCCUUUUAACCAAAA